AUGGGGAGUGUCUCGAAUAAACAGCAGCGGAUCUAUAAUUGCUUCAGAAUUGUAUUCAGUGUUAUCGUGGUUGUGGGAUUCUCUGUGACGGCAGCCCACCAGUGUAACCAUCAUCAUGACCAUCACCUGGACCACAAUCAUCACCACGAUCAUGUGCAUCAUGAUGGUGGUGAUGUGGGUGUAGUUAAAAAGCAGCAACAGCUACUUCCGGAGGAACUUGCUGAAGAGGAGGAUCUGGAGCUCUAUGGAUUUGGGUUGCACCACAAUCAUAACCAUGAAAGGGAGCAUAAGCAUAGUGAUAUUGUGGAGCUUUCUGGUCUUGGUCUCUGGUUCAAUGCCAUGGGUUGCUCACUAUUGGUGAGCUUGGCUUCCCUUAUUUGCCUGAUUAUUUUGCCUUUAAUAUUCAUACAGGGGAAGCCAUCAAAAGCAGUUGUUGAUUCUUUGGCAUUAUUUGGGGCAGGAGCAAUGCUGGGUGAUGCUUUUCUUCACCAAUUGCCACAUGCUUUUGGUGGUGAGCACUCCCAUUCACAUGAUCACCAUGAUGAGAAUGCUCGUGGUCACGUGCAUGUUGGUGAGUCGCAUUCACAUUCCUUGAAGGAUCUUUCUGUUGGAUUGUCAGUCUUGGCUGGAAUUGUACUUUUUCUUCUUGUUGAGAAAUUAGUGAGGUAUGUUGAAGAAUUUUCUGGAGGAGUUAAUGCAUGGAGUCAUGGUCAUCGCCAUCAUCAUCAUAAGCACAAUAAAUUGAAGGAUGAUAAUGAUGCUCAUGAAAAUCUCCAGGGACUGUCUGAUAAUGAGAAAGAUGGAAGUAAAUCCAAAAAGAAAUCUGACGUACUGGAUGAACUGCCCACUGAUGCUCGCCGUGGAGAUGAACAAAGUGAAAAAGCUGUUCUUCGGAAGAGAAAUGCUGGCAGAAGUGAUGCUGAAGAGAAAACCGGUUUAACUGCAAUGAACGGCGUCAAUGAUGACAACGAGUCCGUUAGGAGAAAAGAACCUACCAAGUCACAGUCAAAUCUGGUGUUUGGUUAUCUCAACCUCUUCUCCGAUGGAGUACACAAUUUCACUGAUGGAAUGGCUUUGGGAAGUGCUUUUCUCCUUUAUGGAUCAGUUGGUGGUUGGUCAAGAACUUUGUUUCUGCUUGCUCAUGAGCUCCCUCAGGAGAUAGGUGAUUUCGGAAUCUUGGUGAGGUCGGGUUUUAGUGUCUCCAAAGCUCUCUUCUUUAACUUUUUAUCUGCACUCAUGGCACUAGCAGGAACUGCGCUGGCCUUGACAAUGGGACAAGAUCCGGGUCAAUCGUCUUUGAUUGAGGGGUUUACUGCCGGAGGUUUUAUCUACAUUUCAGUUGCUGGAGUGUUGGCUGAGAUGAACAAUGACAGUUCUACUUUGAGAAGUACCGUGGUUCAUUUAGUGUCGUUGAUGCUGGGCAUGGCCAUUGCCCUUUGUAUUUCCCUUGUUGAAUGA